AUGUCGGGUCAGGAUUACUACGGUCAGGGCCAAGGCCACGGUCAAGGCUACGGCUACAGCCACGACAACGCAUACCAGCAGCAGCAACAGCAUGGCUAUGGACAGCAGAAUCAGGGCUACCCUCCGCAGGGCCAGGCGUAUGGACAACAACCGCACGACCAGUACGGUCAAGGACACCAUAGCCCUUACCCCCAAGGCCAGGUCAGCACUCUUGCGCUCCAUCGGCGCAUUCCAUCUACCAUGCUACAAGUGCUAAUGUCCUCGCAGAGCCAGUACCCUCCACCAUCGCACGAUCCCUACGCGCAGCCUCCCCAACACGGCUAUGGUGCCCCUCCGCAGGAGCAGUACCACCAGCAAGGCUACGACCCAAACCGCAGCACUUCUCCCUACCCACCGCAGCCACACCAGCAGCAAGGCUAUCAUGAUCCCAACCAACAAUAUGGAGCGCAUCAGCAACAGGGCUAUCAUGACCCACAACAAGGCUAUGGUGCGCCAGCAUAUGGCCAACCCGGUGCGCCCGGCGGUCCAGCUGAAGGCGACCGUGGACUUGGUUCGUCCCUCUUGGGCGGCGCGGGGGGCGCAUUCGUCGGCAACAAGCUUGGAGGCGGAGCGCUGGGCACGAUAGGAGGUGCGCUGUUGGGAGCGGUUGGCGCCAACCUCAUACCUGAUAAGAAGGACAAGAAACACAAGAAGCACAAGAAGCAUGGUAGCUCUGAGCAUGGCUCCCACCACGGGUCUUCGCAUCAUUCGCACCAUGGCUCGCAUGGCCACGGUCACAAGCACAGGAGCCAUAGCAGGAGCCGUAGCAGGGGCGGCAAGAGCAGCUCUAGCUCUAGCAGCGACUCGGACUAG